CAGAGCUUCCUGCCCAUGAACGGAAAGGGGGAGCGCGAGCGUCUGGGCCCUGCGGCAGGUGUCUGCCUUCACACAGGCCCCGUCGUCCCCCACUUCCUGAGGAGCCAGCAGGCCCAGCCAGCAGAGACUGCCCUUGUCCUCUCUGUCCCAGCCGUGGCUGCCACAGCCGCCGCCUCCGGGUACCAUCCUGCGGGAAGGGACAAGAUGAAGUGGAAGGCGCUCGUCAUGGCGGCCAUCCUGCAGGCCCAGCUCCCUGUCACAGAGGCACAGAGCUUCGGCCUGCUGGACCCCAAACUCUGCUACCUGUUGGAUGGGAUCCUCUUCCUCUAUGGCGUUAUCGUCACUGCCCUGUUCCUGAGAGUGAAGUUCAGCCUGAGCGCGGCGGCCCCCGCGAGCCUGCAGGCCCAGACCCAGCUCUACAACGAGCUCAACCUCGGCCGCCGGGAGGAGUACGACGUUUUGGAUAAGAGGCGGGGCCGCGACCCCGAGAUGGGCGGCAAACAGCAGAGGAGGAAGAACCCACAGGAUGUCGUGUACAAUGUGCUGCAGAAAGAUAAGAUGGCGGAGGCCUACAGUGAGAUCGGGCUGAAGGGGGAGAACCAGCGGCGGAGAGGAAAGGGGCAUGAGGGUCUCUACCAGGGGCUCAGCACGGCCACCAAGGACACGUACGAUGCCCUCCACAUGCAGGCCCUGCCCCCCCGCUAACCGGACCCGCAGACGCCCAGACUGUUAGACACAGGAAAAAGCAUUUACCCCGUCCGCUCCUCUUCCCACCACCACAGUAUUCCUCUCUGAACAGGGCGCUUCCAAGCUGUAACAUUUGGCCACACCCAGUACCCCCACCCCCCUCACCCCCCAAAGAAGAGCGUCCCUGGAAGCUCUAAAGGGUGUGACUGCAGGGCGUGGCCCCGGCUGAGGAGCCUGCUCUGAGCAGUGUGACCUCGGGUCCCCUGGUUUGCAGGAGGCUGGAGGCAGCCCCCCUGGGGCUCUGGGCUUACCUGGGACACGGGUGUCCUCCUCACAGCUGGGUCAAGUCUGUGUAAAGUCCCUGAGAGACCCCAAAGGUUAGCAUGCAUCCUAAUGGUCUGUAUUGCUCUGUCGGUAUUUGAGUGGCUUCGCUUCUGCUGUGAAUUUGGCUUCUGUUGUCAGCCUACCCCCCACUUCUCAAGGGAACCUGUAAUUCUCAUGGUGGGUAGAGGCUGUGUUGCCUCCCUUCAAGGCCUGGGCAGCGGGGGAGGUGGCAAGGGCACGUCUGCCAAGUGUGCAGCAGCCACAGGUGAUGGAGGAGGGCCUGGGCAGCGGGGGAGGUCUGGGAGCAGGGGCACCACCUCGGAGGCUUGGCUAGGGGCCUGGGGACUGCAGGCCCGCCUUCAGUCGCCAGUGACUCCCCAUCACAGAGACUGUGUCCCAGGCACUGUGGGGCCCCAAGGAGCAGCAGGCCCAUCCCUGCCCUUGGGGAGCUUGUUCUUACAGGGGCAUGAGUCGCGAGCUGAUGACGGUAGUGUCAGUACAGAGUGUGAACAGAGUGUGGUGGGGGCAAGAGAAGGGGUCAAGACAAACCCAUCCUGGCGAAAGCCUCAAAGGCAGAGAGCGCCGCCCAGAUCUGUGAGGUUCCCCAAGGACAGCAGCCCUGCCAGAACAAUCUGUUGGCUUUCUGGAACCCUGCCCUGUAAUUAAAGGCACGUGGCUGAGAGGGGAAACCCUCCCUGUUCUGCUUGUUUUAACUUAUACUGGCCUGCUAAGCCUGACUCUAAUGCAUAAUAAAUACUCCAGUGAAAACA